AUGUUGCAUUUUCUGCUGAUUUUAAUAUGUUGCCGAUCGCACGCUGCACAAACGGAUUCUGGUGACGACAACGAUUUUGGAGAAAGCUUAAUAACAUCUUUAAGAAAUAACGCCAACUUAGAUCUUUCUGUAGACGAAGAAUAUGAAGAUUUGCGCGCAGAAUUGCUAGCUUAUCACAGUGCGCUCGCUUCGCUAACUUCGUCUCGAAGAUCAAUGCUUACAACAACAUGCUGGCGUCGUGGUGGUGUUUGCAUCAAUUACACGCUAUGUCCGAGUUAUAGGCAAUUAACUGAAGUGCCGGGAUGUAAGAACAGAUUCAAUGUGUGCUGUCUUGUGUGGAAUCAAUAUGAAGUCCGGGAUUUACAGAAUAAAGGAAUCGGGAAUAUCGCUUUUCCUUGGAAUACUCAUCAACAAGAGUUCAAAGGGGAAGGCGUGGUACAAGUCACGCCUAAAAUUCAUAAAAAACGAAAAAAGAAAAAUACUACUGAAACACUCACAUCUACGUUAUUUCUUUUAAGGAAUAUACUAUUGUAGAAUGAUUCUAUGCUAUUACAUUUUUUUUUUUCAAUAAAAAGUUUGUCACAAAAA